AUGUCAGAUGAAAUUCUUACCAAACUAUCUAUAUUACCUCCAGAAGUCACCCAAAUAAUAGUAGAUUAUAUUCCAGAUCAUUCUCAGAAAUUCUUACUUGAAAUUCCAUUUUUCAGGAAAUAUGUAUUACCAAAAUUAUUUGCAAAAGUAAUUGUUGAACGAGAUGGAUUAGAUAAGAUUGAAGAUCCAUUUGUUAGUGAAGACAAGGAAUGUGCAGAUUAUACUCCAAUCGCAGAAGAAUAUGAUAUGAAGACAAUAAUCUCAUUUCCAAAUUCAAUAUCAUUAAUAGCUUCAAUUGAAAAGUUUCAAAUUUUUCCUAAAUUCAUUCAGUUUAAUAAUCAUUUUGCAUUUUUUGAAGUAUUACAGAAGUCACCAAUAAUGAUUGAAAAGGCUGAAAAUAUUAAGAUUAGAAUGAUUAGAAUAAAUCACGUUGUCCAUAGACGAGAAGACAGUUGGUGGCUGUUAAUUAAUCGAAUAUCAUCAUUACCAUAUAACAUCACCAUUUUGGAAUUAUUUGCUGUCCCUAUUGAUUCAGUUUCAUUUUCACCAAAUUUGAAAGAAUUGAUCUAUAUGGGUAAAAUCAGGGAUAAGAAACGAGUAUUUGAAUCACUUGUGAAUAUAACGCGAUUAACUUUGAGAGAGAUUCAAAUCAAUCAAGAUGAUUUGGAAGCUUUACCUGAUAAUUUGGAAUAUUUGAAUAUGUUCGAUUUGAAAAUUAAUGAAGAAAAAUUAAGUCUACCUAAAAAUUUACGUGAAUUUGUUGUUUCAAUCAGUGUUGAAUAUAGUUUUGAGUAUCGAGAAUUCUCAAUUUCGAUGACGGAUUUGCUUCAACUUGAACGAUUUGAAGUUAAUUGUGAAGAAUUUAAGACCUUGAGUAACAUAAAGCUCCCAAUGUCAAUCCAAGAAUUAGUUUUGAACAAAUGUAAUAAUCUAUUCCAAUUAGAUGGAUUAGAGAAAUAUUGUAAUUUACGUAAAUUAGAAUGGAUUGGUGCAUUAUUAUCACCGGGAUUUUAUUUAUUAAAUACAUUCCCAGAAAAUUUAGAAUCAUUGAUUAUUGAUUGUGAUAAUUUAAAGAAUUCAGAAAUUAUUGGUGUUUUAGUUCGAAGUAUGCCAAGACAUUUCUUUAGAACAUUUGGAAUGUUCACCUUUAGAAUUGGUAAAGAAUUUAAGUUACCUAAAUCCUUGAAAACAUUAUCAAUUAAGAAUUGUACUUAUAUUCAAAUUAAUUGUCAGGAAUUACAAUUACCUCCAAAUUUGCAAUCAUUAACUCUAUCCAAUUUGGCAGGAUUUGUAGGAUCGUUAGAAAAUUUAAAAUUACCUCAGCUGAUUUCAUUCCUUGAUUUUAGAUCCAUGAAUAUUGAAUUCGUUGAUCAAGUCACUUUUCCAAUUCGGUUAAGAGGGUUAUUAUUGGAUGAUAAUAGAUUAAAGAGACUUGGGUCUACGAAUUUACAUCAAUUGGAAUAUUUUAGAUCGUUGAAUUUAACUGGUAAUUCAUUCAAAUCAAGUGAUUCCUUCUCAUCUAGCUUGCCUUCGAGUAUGACAUUGAUUAGGUUGUGUGAUGGAUUAAAUGAAUUGAAUAUCCUACCCUGCAAUAGAAUGAAAACGUUGGAUAUCCCAACUCUGAUCAAUAGAAGUUCGAAAUUGAGGCUUAAUGAUCAUUUGGAAAGUUUGUGGAUUGAACAUGAAUUUGAAUUUGAUGAUCCAGGGUUCAGAUUACCUUCAAGGUUAAGAAAAAUUAAUGCAUUUAAUUUACCUAGAUUGCAAAUUGAUCAAACCAAUUGGUUAGAAAAUUUGCCUUCUAAUUUACAAAUUUUGAGAUUAGUUGGAAAUCAGAAUAAUGAAGGACAAAUCACCGAAAAUAUGAAAUUGGUAAUAUUUCCCAAUAGUUUAAGAUUAAUAUCUUUGGUUAAUCUAAACCUUUCCAAUGAAAAUUUUCAUAAAUUCGAUUUUUCUAAAUGUGAUAAACUAACUACAUUAGAAAUAUCAACUGGUCUAACCCCGCAGAUAGAUUUGAAUACAUUACCGAAUUCUUUGAUAUAUUUAAGAUUAGAUCAUCUCAAGAUUAGGAGGUUUAUUGGCCUGUUUUAUCGAUUCCCCAAAUUAAGAGAAUUAUCACUUUCAUUCAAUCGUUUAACAAAUUAUCUCCAAACAAAUGAUUUUGUUGUUCCUCAUUCAAUCGAAGCCAUCCAUCUAAGACAUUCAAAAGUAAAAUCAUUCAAGAAUUGGAACGUAAUGGAUUGUAACAAAUUAGUCAAUGUAGAUCUUUCAAGAAAUUAUUAUUUGGAUCCAACUCAAAUUGCGGUUAUUGCAAAAGAAUUAAAUAAGGUAUCGGCCGAUUUUGAUGGUAUUUUAGUUUCUGAUAUUAUUAUGAAUGAAGAAUUGAAAGUAAUGCAGAAGAAUUCCCCAAUUAGGUUCAAUUUCCAAGUUGGGAAAAAUCAAACUAAUGAAUAUUCAUUGAUUUAUUCUUGUGUUAGUGGCAAGACUGAUAUUGCCAAUGAAUCAGAUUAUUCCGAUGAAGAAAUGUAG